UUCUUCGCCUCCUCCCCUUCGCGGAGCCCCCCCCUUCGCGGGCGCGCUCCAUUGCUCUCCCCCCAAUUCUAUUAUGACAUUACGAUGCCAAUCGCCAUUGCCUUCCUCUUCCUCCUCUUCGCCGUCGUUCUAUCCUCCCAUGUCGCCGCCGCCGCCGUCCCGCAACCUCCAGGGUUCUACAUAAACUGUGGGGCGGAGAAGGAGGAGCAGAUAGGGAGCAUCAGGUGGAUCCAGGAUGAGGGGUUCAUCACCGUCGGGAACGUGUCCGCCGUCGACAAGCCCAACGUCCUGCCGCUGCUGUCCACCGUGCGGUACUUCCCCGACGCGACGGCGCGCAAGUACUGCUACCAGCUGCCGGUCGUCAAGGGGUCGCGGUACCUCGUGCGGACCACCUACUUCUAUGGCGGGUUCGACGGCGGCGCCGAGCCGCCGGUGUUCGACCAGAUCGUCGACGGCACCCGCUGGAGCGCCGUGAAUACCACCGAGAACUUCCGCCGCGGCAUGUCCACCUACUUCGAGAUGGUGGCGGAGGCGAGCGGGAAGACGAUGAGCGUGUGCCUGGCGCGCCGGCCGGACACGGCGUCGAGCCCGUUCAUCUCGGCGCUGGAGCUCGUCAGCCUCAAGGACUCCAUGUACAACGCCACCGACUUUGGCAAGUACGUCAUGAGCACGGUGGCGCGCAGCCGGUUCGGCGCCAAGGGCGAGAUCGUGAGCUAUCCAGAUGACCAGUACAACCGGUACUGGGCGCCGUUCGCCGACGCCAACCCGACGGUGGAGAGCCACUCGCCGAUCACGCCGGAGGAGUUCUGGAACAUGCCGCCGGCCAAGGCACUCAGGGCCGGCAUAACGACGAGCCGGGGGAAGAAGCUGGCCGUGCAGUGGCCGCCGGUCGAGCUGCCGGCGGCGAGCUACUACGUGGCGCUCUACUUCCAGGACUCGCGCACGGCGAGCCCCUACAGCUGGCGCGUCUUCGACGUGGCCGUCAACGGCAAGGAGUUCUUCCGGGACCUCAACGCCUCGGCGGCCGGCGUCAUGGUGUACUCCAGCAUGAUGCAGCUGUCCGGCAAGACGGUUAUCGCGCUCACGCCCAGCGUGACGUCGCCGGUCGGCCCGCUCAUCAACGCCGGCGAGAUCUACCAGAUUGUGCCGCUCGGCGGCCGGACGGCUACCAGAGAUGUGGUUGCAAUGGAGGAUCUUGCCAGGAGCUUCAAGAACCCGCCACCGGACUGGGCCGGCGACCCUUGCCUGCCGCGGGAAAACUCAUGGACCGGAGUUGUCUGCUCCGAGGGCUCACCCGUGCGCGUCACAUCACUGGAUCUAAAAAAUCACGGUCUUUCAGGAUCGCUGCCUGACAGUUUUGGAAAUUUGACUGGGAUACAAACUAUCUAUCUCAGUGGCAACAAACUCACAGGCUCCAUACCUGAUUUGACCAGCAUGCACAUCUUGACAGCAUUGCGUGUUGAUGGCAAUCAGUUAAGUGGAGCAAUCAGCCCAUCACUGGGAACACUCGUCAAUCUGAAAGAGCUAUACCUGAACAACAACAAUCUCACUGGCCUGAUACCAGAAAGCCUGAAAAACAAACCUGGACUUGACAUGAGGACUGAGGGGAACAAACUUGGUUGAGGCUGGAAAGGAAGGAAUAUCUAAGAUGAUCAUUUACAGUCUAAUGUUACAUUUAUGUACAGAAGAUACAGUUUGAUGAUGGAAGGGAGAAGAGCGAAGGCUUCAGAAACUGUAGGAUGAUAUUCAUGUAUGUGAGUUGAAGAUUGAUGUGAUAUUUAGCAUCAUUCUUUUGAUCCA